AUGUUUGUAACGAAUUUUGUAUAUGACGUAUUGAACAAAAAUUUAUUUUUAAAGAGAAUUCUGUUCUUUUUAUUUGUACUCGUACUAUCUAAUGAAACUUCUUGUAUAGAAAAUAAUGGUACACAAACUUUUUCUAAAAAGGUUCUGCAAAUACCAUUGGAAAUAUCCAAUAACAGAAUUGGAUUUAACAUAAUAAUUGGAGAUCAGCACCUAAGAUUAGCAAUUGAUACUUUAGUUGAAGGAAUAAGGUUAUUUGAAAAGCUAAGUCCAGCUUGUAAUAAAUUAACACAUUUAAAUAGAAGAGAAUAUGGAACUGGAAAUAGUAAAUUCUCUGAAAUACGAAACUGUUAUGAUCCAAAAAUAUCAUCAAGUGCAACUUGGUGUUAUAACUCAGAUAAAUGUUUUGUAGGUUUAUAUUCAUCAGUGUAUAAUUGUGAUGAACAUACUGAAUUUCCUGAUUUCACUAAUAGUAAUAUUUCAAAUCUUGCCUUAUUACAUAACUUUCAAAGGGUUUAUGAUGGAAUUAUACAAAAUGAAAUCUCUCUUGAAGGAAAUGAUAUGGUUGUUUUACCAUCACUAUCACCACGUUUAGUUUUACAAAAUUUUCCUAUAAAACUCAUACGUUCAAAUAUUUGUAAUAGUAAUUGGCCUACAUUGGAAGAUUUUGAUGGACUUAUUGGCAUUGUAGGUUCAUCUAUCUCAUGUCGUGAAUCUUCACUAUGGAAUAACUUAAUGUUAUUAUAUAAUGCUUCAAUUUAUUCAUUUGAUAUAAAUAUAGAUAGUUAUAAUGAAUCAUUACCUAUGACUUCAAAUUCAGAAUAUCUGCAUAAAAUUGAAAAUUCAAGGUAUAAGCCAUCAUUUUUAUACUUAGGAGGGUCAUCUCCAUAUUGGAAUAUUAAUAAUAUCAUAUGGAGUGAAUCUAAACAAACUGGUGCAAUAUUUGAGGAUGCUCUAAAUUUGUUCCAAGUAUAUAAUAUUGGUGUUUGUGGAAUAAAUUUAAUGCAAGGUAUUUCAUCUCAUUGGACGAGUGCAUUGGAUUUUGGUUCUAGUUGUCUAUCUCUUCCACUUUUUUUGUACCAAAGACUAAUAAGUUGGUUACCAGUUUCAUGCUCAGAAAUUGAAUACAAUAAUUUACAAAGUUCAAAUUCUGAUAUUCCUUUACUUUGUAUUAUUUUAAAACGUCCUUUACCUCCAUUAAUUUUACAUUUAGAAGAAAGAAGUUUAACACCAAUAGUUAUCCUACUUGAUGAUUUGAUUGUUAAGAAUAAAGAUAUUGAUUACUUAUGUUUAACUGUAUCAAUUAUUAAUUCAGCUGGAAAUAUCAUUCCAAUUUACAUACAAAAAGAAUAUUUCGAUACUUCAGGACCAUCUAUAGCCCCUGCUAAUUCACCUCUCAUUCUUUUUGGAACUUUGGUACUGAAGUCAUUUGGUAUAACUGUUAACUCACAAUCUGGACAGGUUGGAUUCUACACUAAGAAUAAUAAGAAUAUGCAUAAUAACAUCAACUAUGAGGUAUACAAUCGGCAUUGUACUGUUAAGAAAUUUUGUUUAGGAAAUUCAACAUACUUUGCCCCUACUAAUGAAUGUAUGCCUCCUCCAUGUUCAUCAUGGCUACUUUAUAAUUUAGAUGAAACUACAAAUACAUGUGUAUUAUCUAGAUUAGUUCCAAUUGCAAUAGUAGCUACUGUAGUGAUUCUUACAACUGUUGAACUACAUCUAAUGUAUAUGAAACAGGUUGUAUUGGAAAGAGCUCGACUGCAAUCUUCCUAA